AUGUUGGACCUGCGGAAAGCUGCCACGCCGGAUGACGAAUCCGGGAUGAGCCAGCUAACGACGAUCCACUUCAGGCAGGGCCAUCCUGCUCUCACGAGCGACAUGGAGGAACGAGAUGUCCUUGAGGUUCGCUUUUCGACGCACGAGUGA